CUCAAAGUUCUUUUCAAAAGCUGCACAGGGGCUUUGGGAAAUGUAGUUCAAGGCUGGAAAAGCCCGGAUGUCGAGCGCGCGCAAGGAGGCUGCGGCUUCAAAGACUGAGCCGCAGAGACACUUGGGAGGUACAGCUCGCGCGGGAGUACGCAGGCGCAGACCGCUGGCCAGUGGUCGAAGGUGGGUAGUCUCUGGCUGGAAUGGAUUGGGAGCUGGAAAACAAGAGACAAGAAGUUAGGGACAAGAAGAGGCUAACAUGAUUGGUACCAUUAUAAUUUAUUGAACUGCCUCUUUUCCAAAGAGGAACCCAAAGGAAGACUGGUCACCUCUUGCAAAUCUCAAAACCAUGGCUCAGAAGCAGAGCUGGGACAAAAAUGCAUUUCCUCAAAUGAGAAUAUAUUACUGCAUGAACUUUGCUUGUUUAAAUAAAAACAGUCAAGAUGGAGAUGGAAUUGAUGUUGCUUUUAGCAUCAGUGUCAUUCAAAGAUGUGACUGUUGACUUCUCUCGGGAAGAGUGGCAGCACCUGGAUCCUGCUCAGAAGACUCUCUACAUGGAUGUGAUGUUGGAAAACUAUUGCCACCUCAUCUCUGUAGGGUGUCACAUGACCAAACCUGAUGUGAUCCUCAAGUUAGAACGAGGAGAAGAGCCAUGGACAUCAUUUACAGGUCAUACCUGCUUAGAAGAAAAUUGGAAAGAUGAAGACUUUUUAGUGAAAUUCAAGGAAUACCAAGAUAAGUUUUCUAGAUCAGUUGUAUUCAUCAACCACAAAAAACUGAUUAAAGAGAACAGUAAUGCAUAUGAAAAGACAUUUACUUUAAGCAAAAACCCUAUUAAUUCAAAAAAUCUACCUCCUGAAUAUGAUACUCAUGGAAAGAUUUUUAAAAAUGUUUCAGAAUUAAUCAUCAGUAAUAUAAGUCCUGCAAGAAAGAGACUUAGUGAGUAUAAUGGAUAUGGGAAAUCACUUCUCAAUACUAAACCAGAGACAGCUCAACCUGGAGUCAAAUCCCAUAAUCAGCGUGGCAGGGUUGUCAGUCAUAAUGACGUACUUAUACAAUAUCAUAAGGUGGAAACUCCAGCACAGCCAUUUGGAUAUAAUGACUGUGAGAAAGCCUUCCUUAAAAAAGGAGAAUUAAUUACACAUAAUAGAGCUUACAUAAGGGAAAACCCAUCUGAAUAUAAUAAAAGGAGAAGAACAACGAAUAUUGAAAAAAAACAUACAUGCACUGAAUGUGGGAAGUCCUUCUGCAGGAAGUCAGUAUUGAUUCUGCACCAGGGAAUUCACACAGAGGAAAAACCCUAUCAGUGCCAUCAAUGUGGAAAUUCAUUUAGAAGGAAGUCAUAUCUCAUUGAUCAUCAAAGAACUCACACAGGAGAGAAACCCUUUGUUUGUAAUGAAUGUGGUAAGUCCUUCCGCCUAAAGACAGCCCUCACUGAUCAUCAGAGAACACAUACAGGGGAAAAAUCAUACGAAUGUCCACAGUGUAGGAAUGCCUUCAGAUUGAAGUCACACCUCAUACGUCAUCAGAGAACUCAUACAGGAGAGAAACCAUAUGAGUGUAAUGACUGUGGGAAGUCCUUCCGCCAGAAGACAACACUCUCUCUACAUCAGAGAAUUCAUACAGGAGAGAAACCCUAUAUUUGUAAAGAAUGUGGGAAGUCCUUUCACCAGAAGGCAAACCUUACUGUACAUCAGAGAACUCAUACGGGGGAAAAGCCCUAUAUUUGUAAUGAAUGUGGGAAAUCAUUCUCCCAGAAGACAACCCUUGCUCUUCAUGAGAAGACUCAUAAUGAGGAGAAACCCUAUAUUUGUAAUGAAUGUGGGAAGUCCUUUCGCCAAAAGACAACCCUUGUGGCACAUCAGAGAACACAUACAGGGGAAAAAUCCUAUGAAUGUCCUCACUGUGGGAAGGCCUUUAGAAUGAAGUCAUACCUCAUUGAUCAUCACAGAACUCACACAGGAGAAAAACCCUAUGAAUGUAAUGAAUGUGGGAAAUCCUUCAGUCAGAAGACAAAUCUGAAUCUGCAUCAGAGAAUUCAUACAGGAGAGAAACCCUAUAUUUGUAAUGAAUGUGGGAAGUCCUUUCGCCAGAAAGCAACUCUCACUGUACAUCAAAAAAUACAUACAGGACAGAAAUCCUACGAAUGUCCUCAGUGUGGGAAAGCCUUUAGCAGGAAGUCAUAUCUCAUUCAUCAUCAAAGAACUCAUACAGGAGAGAAACCAUAUAAAUGUAAUGAAUGUGGGAAGUGCUUCCGCCAGAAAACAAAUCUCAUUGUACAUCAGAGAACUCACACAGGAGAGAAACCCUAUAUUUGUAAUGAGUGUAGUAAGUCCUUCAGUUAUAAGAGAAACCUCAUUGUCCAUCAGAGAACUCACAAGGGAGAAAACAUAGAAAUUCAAUAAAUGAUGUGAUCUCUUUGUGAAGCCUUUCCAAGUUAUUGUAAAACUUUAGUUUAAGGAAAAAAAGCAUGCUAAAACAUUUUAAUAAGGUAAUUUUAAUCACAAAUGUAAUAGUAGUUAAAGUACCAACCACAGAACUGUCUGCUGUUUACUAGCACAUGUAAUGGAUAUGAUUAUUGUUAUCAAACUUUAUCAGAAAUGAAGCUAAUUUUUUAAGUUUUCAAGUUCUGUUCACUUAGAUUAUUUUUUUAAAGUGCUUACAUAAUAUAUGCAGAGGCAAGAUACAAAUGGUUAUAAUAUCAGUCUCCAUAAAAGAAAGAAAGUAUGAAAUAUAUUUCUCCUUGUGCUCUGGAAUAAAGAAUAACUGUUAUUUCCCCAAAGAUUACCAUGUCCCUGGCUUAUAACAUCAUGAAGCAGUCUUUGCAUGUCUAAAUUUUAUGUUUUAUCAUAUAUCAUGAAUUAUUUUGUGUCUUGUCUCAACAUUUUUAAGAUUCAUACAUUAUUGCAUGUGGCAGUAAUGUAUUCAUUUUCACUGUGCAUACUCUUCCAUUUUAAGAAUAUACCACUAUUUAUCCUCUUGAUGGAUGUUUGUAUUUUUAUAAAUUUGUGUUGUAAUAAAAAUACUGCUCUAAAUGCUGUAAA